GAUUUCUAUGAAAUAAAGCUAUUGUUUUGACCUUGCUCCCUUUACUUAGGAGUGACAAUGGAACAGCAUUUUGAGUACGAAGCGAACAUAAAGAACAUCCUAGAACAGAAUGAGCUUAAGUGGAUAUUUGUAGGUGGUAAAGGUGGAGUGGGUAAGACGUCUGUCAGCUGUAGUCUCGCUAUCCAACUAGCUAAACUACACAGCUCUGUGCUGCUUAUCUCAACAGAUCCUGCUCACAAUAUCGCAGACUCAUUUGAGCAGCAGUUCACAAGAACUCCCACACAAGUAAAAGGAGUUGACAAUCUGAUGGCAAUGGAGGUAGACUCCUCUCCUCCUGAGGAAAGUAUAGAGGAGAUAUUCGCUGAUCCGGAGAAUGAACAACAGAACUUAAUGAAGAAUGUGAUGAAAGAUGUUGUGGGCAAUUUACCUGGAUUGGACGAGCUGAUAGCGCUUGUUAACAUAUUUAAAAUAGUUGACCAGCACCAGUUUGACGUGGUGGUAUUUGACACAGCACCUACAGGCCACACCCUCAGACUCCUCUCUAUCCCCAGAUCUAUUGAUAAAGUGCUCCGUCAGCUAAUACAGAUGAAGUCCUGGGUGGGUGGUCUUGUUAAUGCUAUGUCUGGUUCCCUCGGAGUCAACGCCUCUGUCAAUAUGGACAUGAUGGACGAACUUUUACCUGUAAUUGAGAGACUCAACAAGGAGUUGAAGGAUCCUGACAUCACUACUUUUGUUUGUGUUUGCAUUCCCGAGUUUUUGUCGUUGUACGAGACGGAGCGGCUGAUUCAGAAGCUAACAGCACUAGAUAUAGAUACACAUAAUGUGGUUGUGAACCAAGUUGUGUACCCUGACAAAACAGAGGAGGGUAAAAUAUCGUGUGGACUGUGUUCCUCUAGAUCCAAGAUGCAAACUAAAUACCUCGAACAAAUCGGGGAUCUUUACGAAGAUUUCCAUGUUAUCAAAAUGCCACUGAUGGCCCUGGAAGUAAAGGGAACGAAGAUAUUGAAGAGGUUUGGCGAGUUUUUGGUAAGUCCCCCUGACAUGGCAAAUAAGUCUGUACACGAUCUUGUUGUCGAUUUAUAAAAAUAAUUGGUUUAUUGAUAGACUGUACUGUGACCUUGUUCCUUUAAAUAUUGCUGGUCAAUAACUUUACAAUAGCCAAUAAUGGAAACCCAGCAGUUUCUUAUCUGAUCGAUCGAUAUUUGUUUAGGUUUGGGAUAUCGAUGUAUAACCAUAUUUAUGUCGUUUUUCGUUUUCCCAGAAUUUUGUUCCCGUUUAGUUUUUUAUUGUGGCAAUUAAUCGGUCACACUCUUGAAACCUAUAUUGAAAUUUGGAAUG